GUUAGUUAUGUUUACUUGUCUUCCAGGGUACAUGGUCUUUGAUUACCAAAAUUUGAAGUGCCCCUGAGAUGAAAAUCAAUACUUCCCUUUUGCGCAUGUUUCCUCAUACAAUAUCUAUUUAUAUUAAGUAGUAACUAUAUUUGCCAAAAAACACGAACAUCAAACCUUCUAUCCUCAAAAUUUUCGGCUCUAAAAGUCGCCUAAAGGGCGUCCGCCAUCAUGAAAACUUGUUCCAGAUGAGCAUGCAAUUUUCCAGCGGACUCGUUGGUUGUGACGUCAAAGGUUUCACAUUCAUUUGCAAUUGGUCGCUGUUUUAGCAGCUUUUGUAUCGCUGUUGUCUGUUUUGUGGUGUUUUUGUGAAAUGGCUUGUGUCUCCAGAGACAAAAUUUUGGAUCAUUCCUUUGAAAGUGCUGAGGAACAGUCUUCUGAAGCCUCCAAGGAUAGCUUCCAUUCAACAACUGAUGACUUUUUGCCGUACGAUGAAAACUUGGAGCCGAUGGCAAACGAACAAGAAGCAGCCGCUUAUGUUGAGCAAGUUGCCUGGGAAGAAGAGGAAGAAGAGAUUCUUUGGAGCAGGUUUUCCGGGGAAGAGGGGGUAGAAAGUUGGUGCAAAUGUUCAAAUUGUUCGAUAGAGUUUGUGGUGAAGCACGAAGAGUGUAGAUGCUGCAUGGAAGUGAUCAGAUGUGUUGAAAGGAUGGAGGAGUUAGAGAGGCAAGGCGACUGCAUCACUUCGCUUCGCGGCUUCUCUGAUGUUUGUUUAAAUUGCUGGGUGCUACACACUGCGGGCAUAGGCAUUAAAACCAAGAAUAAGAAGUCCUACACAACCAUGUUGGCUCAGGGCAACCCUGCUGAGCACGAGUAAGUUCUGUCUCAAACGAACUUUAAAAGUUUAUUAUCUGUAGCGUCAAAUCUUCUUAUUUAAAAUUCACACUGAAGCUGUUAGUUAAUCCAGUACUUCCUACACUAUCAUAGUAACAAUUUAUAUAGUACAGUGGAAUCCCGAUUUCUCAAUCCUUUGAUUGAAACUCCCAAUAACUUGAGCCAAAAAUCAUUUCACAUCCCUCAGUCUUUAAUCCCUGAUUUCUCGCACUAUGACUAAUCAUCCGCUUGCUACAUGAUUCAAAUAGCGUUCAGUUUGUUUGUGUAUGCCAAACUAUUUGAGGUCAUUCCGUGGUGUCAUUUAACAAAAACGUUGACAUUUUAACAUGUUACCUUCGGGUAGUUUUAGAACCAAUCCCGUAUGCCAUCUGUUGGGGUCAUAGAGGUUUUUAGAAGGUACGUUAUAAUUUCUUGGCUUUGGAUGGCGUUCACUUAAACAGCAGGGGGCAAUAUAAACUUUAUUGCAGCCUUGGGGGAACAAUACUCAAGUCGUUGAGGUUUUUUGCUAGUAAUGGGACACGGUAGUGUUUUCUUUUAAAUCAGAGCUGUUUUGUUUUGCCAGUUCCUUUGAUGUCAUUGCCUUUUGCGCAAGACACUGGCUGCACUCUAUUUUUAUAUUACACUGAGUAUGUGUUAGCAUCUACAAUGUCUUCAGCUGUUGUAAAGCUUUAAUUUACAUGACAUUGGCAGCAAAUUCUUUCAUAUGACCGAUGGGCUUCGGCAUUAUUUCACUUAUUUUGCAGUCAGAUGCCAUUUGAGUGUACAACCCAUAUCCGGCUCCCCUUUUUUGGGCGUGCCCAUUGCACUCGGCUUUCUGUACUUGCCCUAUUAUACUGAAACUUGGCUUAACCUACCUUUUGUUAUAGACCUGAGAAUCCUUGCUAGGUAUAUUUGAAUAAUGUUUAUAUUGAUUUUGCUCAGUGUUUUAUCUGCCAUCGCAUGAUUCAUAGUUCCCCAGCUAAGCUCCCAAGUUAAUGAAAUAUUGUAAGAUCAUUCGAGACAUGUCAACCAAACUGGGUAACUGGUAUUUUUAUGAACAGUUUUGUUACACAAGACCGUCCACCCCUUAUCUGUAUCCUUGGGAUGUUAUUCAUUGGGAACUAUGGCUAAAGGCAGUCUUGAAUUUUCGACCCAAACCACAAUUUCCCAUGCUGCUGGUCAAAUUGUUGGUCCCUCCAAUGCUUUACCUUUAAACUUUUAACUUUAUUGAAUUUGUUGCAUGUAAAAAUAGAAGAAAAGAACAUAGCAUCAGCAACUGGAGCAGAAAACAGGACGAUAUCCCAAUUGAUAUUCAACCCCAAUAAAUAUUAACAGAAUAUUUCGUUGUUCCCCUUUAGGCAUAGUUCCCAAGAGGGGAACUAUGCCUUAUACAUCAUUUAUCAUACCCCCAUGGCUCAUUAGUAAAUGAUUGUAUUCCCACCGAUUGCUCCUCAGUCCAUUACGCGUCGAUUAACGAUGCCAUAUCUCUCAUCAAAAAGACAGGGGCUGGUUGUUUUAUGGCAAAACAGAUGUCAAAUUAGCCUUCGGAAUAAGACAAUUCAUCCCAGUAAUGACUACUUAUUGUUAGGCAUGGAAUGGCAAAAUCUCUAUUAUUUUGAUUACUGCUUAUCGAUGGGCUGUUCUUCUUCAUGCGCUAUUUUUGAAGCUUUUAGCACUGCUCUUUAAUGACUUGCCAUGAAUCAUUUCGGUGCUUCCGGCAUGCUACAUAUUUUAGACGACUUUUUGUUCAUCGCCAACAGCAAACAGAAAUGUGAAAUUGACUUAGCUAAUUUUCUUAAAAUGUACGAGUACCUUGACGUCCUGUAGCACAGGAAAAAACGGUCCGUCCUGAAACCGUUUUAAAAUUCAAGGGUAUCAUCCUUGACUCACUGACACAGGAGGCCAGGCUGCUAGACAAUAAACUUCAGAAAUGCUGAAUGUUGUUACACACCUUUUAUAAAUGGUGCAAAGUCUCUCUUACAGACGUGCAGUCCUUAUUGCCAACGAACCAGCUGAGCGAAGAUGCGAGGCUGGCAGGGCGGCAGCAUUAUAGAGCUAUGCAAAAGUACUGUGCAGGCAGAAAAAAUCUCAAGUGAUCAAGAGACAUGCUUGUCAGGCAAGAUUCCUGAGAUUCCAAUGACGUAAUGGAAAAGAAGUUGAUUGUCUUACAACAGACCAAUGGCAGUGCGCAGAGAUUGUGACGUCAAGCCUGUAUGGUUGUGAUUGUCAAUGCUCAGCAGCUUUAACAUUCAUUGAGUGGAGUUGUGAUCAAGUUUAAGGUAAGAAAAACGUAAUUUUGACCUGCUUUUGUAAGUUUUAUUUGUUUUUAUUCCAAUUCUACCUGAGUGUACUUUAGUUAGGUGCCACUGUGGUAUAUUUAUUGAGCUAGCAAGCUCAACAAUCGGCGAGCAAGCCAAAAGAGUACUCGGCCACCGUGCCAAACUUGGCCAGUGUGCCAAAUUCGGCCAGCGUGCCAAAUCUAGACACUUGUUUGAACUAAUAUUCGAAUUAAUCUAGAAAGCAUUCGCCAAAACACGCUUUAAGGUGCUACUGGAGGCUAAAGUGACCUUAUUGGAUUAAAGUAAUUUUUUCUUAUAUGAAAGAUCACUGAAAAUGAAAUCUACAUGUGAAAUUUCAGAUCUCUGGAGCGAUUCAUUUGCGAGAUAUAAGCAAGAGAACUUUUGUUUCUAUGAGCUGUUUAGCAGGAAAAAAGGACAACAUGUUGGGAUAAUUAUGGUUCUACCCUGUCAUCAGUCUACGUCACUACGGAGUCACAUGAGAAGCGCAUGCGCGUUGCUGAUCAGUGUGC